AUGGCGAAUCAAGUGACACUCGAGGUGACGGCUGGUAGCAGCUCUCCGCCGAGGAUGAACGAAAACAACGAGUCGAGUAGCGCAAGUAGCACGUGUGAUGGUGGUCACGCAAACUUAAAUUCUCCGGCUGAUGUCUUGUCGAACGAUGCAACCGCGGUACUGAGCGAUAUACGACGACCAGCCGGACCUAUUGCUGAUAGUGAUAGUAAUGGUGAAUCGUCUUAUUCGAAUACCAUAGAUGCAUCAAAGGAUAUCACAGGUAGCGGAGCGAAUUAUCGAACAACUGGUGGUGUUGGAGGCAGCACUGGUGGAUUAAUCCAACCGCAAAGAUCUUCAGUUGAUAGGGAGUUGGGUGACAAAUCUGCUACUGCUCCUAGUAAUACUAAUACUGCUGCUAAUACUACUGUUACCACUACUAUUACUGCAAUUACUACUCCUACCACUACCACUACUACCACCACAGUUACCAGGAAAACUGAUGCAAGUGUACCAGCGGACUCUUCAAUGUUUAGGACUAAGUGUGAAAUGGACGUGGGUACAACCAUAACUUCAAGAACACCUUCUAGGAAAGUGAAUGAUUGCCAUGAAAUUGUCAAGUCCUCAGCUGUAGCUGGAGAAAGAAGGGGGAAUUUAUGUUCUGUACAUCAAAGUGGUGUGAGGAAAGCCAAAAUUAAUGUUGCAUGUCAGACCGAUCCCGAUGAGGAAACAUUCCCGAAAAUCACGCAGUGUUCUCGGACCACUAUUUCCCAACCUGUUGCAAAUAAAGGUACCGUAGCGUCAUCAAGUACUGAUGCUAGCUCUCCUACAUCAAGCACUUCAUCUGAUGGGACAUUGCGAUUGAUGAUUCAAAACUUCACCAACAUGGCUGAUACUGUGAGGGGGCCAAGUAAAAAGAUACAAGCUGUUCCUUGGCGAAUAAUGGUGAUGCCUCGACAGCAUGUUGUACAAAAGAAAGGCACGCAAAAGUGUUUGGGAUUUUUUCUGCAGUGUUGUCCAGAUGCUUAUUCUGAUUCAUGGUCGUGCCAAGCUGCGGCAGAAUUGCGACUAAUUUCACAGAAGCAAGGUGUACCGCAUUUUACAAGAAAAACUAAUCAUGUUUAUACAGCUAAGGAAAAUGAUUGGGGAUACUCAUGCUUCAUGACAUGGGCUGACAUAUUAGAUGAAAGCCAAGGUUAUAUCAAAGAUGACAAAGUUAUUUUGGAAGUAUCUGUUAAAGCGGAACCUCCGAAAAAUAUCUUAACUCAUGAACAGUUCGAGAAGAAAAUCCAAGAUUAUAUGAGAUUAGCUGAUAUUCAGAGCAGUAGAGGGCUCAUUGAUAAAGCUAUCGAAGUUAACAUGAGCGCUCUGAAAUUCUGUAAAGAUCGUGACCAAGAUUGCAAAGCCGAUCUUGAAGCUCAGAAGUCAAAGCUGAUUGAAAUGAAACUGAAACAGAGUAUUGAAAGGAUUGAAAAAGGACCACCGCAUGGUAAGAGUGAUGAAGAAAAUUCACUUAAUCAGAGUGCUCUAAAACAGGCAAUAUCAGGUGCUGCCACAAUAAACAAACAAUCGAAUACAAACAAAUCAAAAUCGAAUUCCAAUAGUAAAUCGCGUGAAACUAAUGCAGAAAGAAAUGUUAAUGUUCAGAACAGAACAGCAACUUCGCCCCUAAAUAAAACAUCGGAAACAAGGCAAGUUGUGGAAUCAAAUGUUACGGAAACUCGUCCAGUGCUUCAGAACGAUAGAAACACUAUCACUGUGCAAGAAACUCCAACUGAAGUAUUGCUGAAUUCGACUCAUGAAAUGAAGUGGCUUUCUGGUGAUGGAAAACAAGAAGAAGGGCUAGAUGAUUCAAGACAGGAGAAAGUACGAAAACAGGUUGAUGUAGCCGUUUUCGGCAGUGUACGAAAAGAAGAAAAGACUGAUAAUAAGGAAACUGCCUGCGAAAGAUUGGAUGAAAAGCCGGAUGAUGAAAAGAAAGAAAUGAUGGUCAAUGCUAAUUAUUUGGAAAAUAAUGUAUUUGCCUUAGGAGCCAAAACCACCGAAGAUGGAGAUAUAUUGCAAGCCGAUUCACGGAAAACUGAGACACAAGGGUCAGUUGGACCGGUUCUUCGUUGCAUGUAUGAUGUAAGCGGACAUGCUCAGCCGUGGGAGUUAUCCGAAGAACAGAAAGAGCAACACGUUCUUGAAUGCUCUAGUGAUGAAGAAACGAGCUCAUCAAGUGGUGCUUCUUCCGAUAGUGAGGCUGAAGGAAAUAAUGGUCGCACAGCGGUUGGAGUUCCCUUUUCCAAAAAGAUGAAGCGUUCAGUUCAAAAUGAUGGUGCAGUAGUACGCGAUGAUUGUGAUAGCUGUAUUCAGGCUAUUCUUGAGCCAGCAUCUCUUAAUACGGAGGAGGCUUCAUGUCAAACUGAUUUUUCCGUGCUAAUGCCGAAAGCAGAUGCAGCAAUAGUGAAUGCACAAACGGGUAUGACAAAUCCAAUUCCAAAUCGACCGUAUGCACAGCCAAAGAAACAGACAGCAAAGAAAACCAUUCCCAAUGGUGAAUGGCGUCGAAAGAAGCCGAACGAGUUCAAAGAUGUGGAUUCUAGAAAAAAACAGGACGAGCAGUCAAAAACCCAAACAGAUAAUAGGACAGAAAUAGCUAUGGAAAUGCAGAAAGAAAGCAUAGCACGUUUUACAUCACACUUCGCUAAUGUGGACCCAAAAACAUUUCCUGUCUUUCCAAUUUAUCAUUCGCAGCAAAUUAUUGGAGACGACUUGGCAAACCCACAGGUGCAAUCAUACAUAGAUGAUUCGGCACAACCGAAUAUUUGGUCACGACAAUAUAUCGAAGAAUGGCUUAAAUUCAAUAUUAAAUAUUGCUGGAAAUACAUGAAGAAUGGAGAGAAUCCGCCUGCAGCUGGCGAUGAAAAUAGUUUGGAUUUCGGCGCCGGUAAUAUUCCUCAUUUUACAGAUGCACAGGUUCAGCAAGUUAUGGCAGCGCUGUCAGUGAUUGGUGUUAACUGUGUGAAUGCUAAACGUGUGGUUGACAAAGCCGCUGAAUUUAUUAAUACAUUGGAAAUGCGUUCGAAAAGUCCUUUCCUUAAAGGCUGUCUGCAAAAACUGGCAAUUCUAGCUGGCGACGAGAAAGUUAUCGAGGCAAUCAAAGAUGGACGUAGAGAUCUUGAUUGCUCUUCACUGGAUGAACAUCAUUUAACAGCGCCUUUGGUUGAUGAUGCAGAUGACUUCAGUUCCUUGAUGUCUGACUGUCCAGAUGACCAGCAUGACUAUAUGUUGAAUCGCGAAGUGCAUCGUAUUGGUGUUUUUGCCGACCAGGCUGUGAGUAAAAAUCCAUUGAUGGAAGUUGGCCAAGCAGAAAAAUUGAACGAACAUACGGAGAAAAUCGCGCAGCGUAUUGCGUUGCUUGAAAGUGAUAAAGAAGCUCUAUCGCGACAACUUACUGCCGAAAAAGAGAAAAAUAAAAAACAAGAACAGAAACAUGCGAAUAUGAUAAAACAGGUGCAGGCACAAGUGCAAUCUGAGAAAGAAAAACAUGAGAAGACAAUGCAGCAACUAAAUCAGAAGAAGAAUGAAUUAAAGAAGCUCGAAAAAAGUGUCAAACAACAUGAGCGAGAUUCUGAACGGUCACGGGAAUUACAAGAGAAAAAUGAAUAUUUGACACGGGAAGUGCAAGAUCUUCGACAGAAACAUGCAGAAGAACUGAGGAAACUGCAAAGAGAGUUGCAAUCCAGUCAGGAUACUAGAAAGAACAUGGCCGAAGAAAUCAGAGGACGUGAUACCGAAAUCAGCGAAUUAAAAAAUCAGCUUAAUGAGCGGUCGAUUGCACUGAAGCGUUCCGAAAAUGUGCUGUCUUCGGAACGCAAGACAUUUCAAAGUAAUAUAGCUUUUUUGACUGAACGUGCAAAGAAGGCCGAAGUUUCACUGCUGGAGCAUAAGCUUGAGACGGGCGUUGCUGUACUUGAAAGAGCUCAUAAAGACGCUGGACAACGAGUGAAGGAUCUGGAAGCCGAAAUGAAAAAGGCGAGGAAUCCUGUGGCGGUGGAAGAACUGAAAGGAGCUGCUGCUGAAUGGAGAGCUAAGCGAGAAGAAGUAGCCAGUCUCAUUGCAACUGCAAAGGGCGAAUUUGCUGUACAGAUUGAGCAAAUCAAAGCAGGAAAGACAAUCGCUCAGUUACCAAAAAUUAGUGUGCCAAAACCUCCACCUGCACCAAAGUUCAAAGGACAAUUUGUGCCUCAGAUAUCGCCCGCUGGUGCUGAAAAAGCUGUAACACCUGUUAUACCGGCUGUUGGAGUAAUUGGCAAUCGGACUCCUGCGGCUGGCUUAGUUAUUAAUUCUUCGUUAACCUCCGGCAGUGUUGCACCGGGUGCACCAAUGCAAACAAUGUCGAAAGCUCCUGCUCCUCCGUUAUCUUCCCCCGUGAAAUCACCCACUGGCACUGGAACGUCAAUAACACCGAUCGGUGUUCGACCUACUAGUCAUACGGGUUCUGCGGCAGAUUAUGCUAAUAGCCAUGCUACUACAGUUAGUUCUUCGUCCAAUGCCACACAAGCAACUACCAGUACGGCAUCUUCUGGAUUAUCAUUACCAACUGCUUGGGGUUCUAGCUGGGAUGCGCCGCUUGCCAUGAAUUCGAUCAACGAACUGCUCAAUCCUAGUCGUUCAUUCGGACCCAUCGGUACCGAUUAUGGUAUCAGCACCGGUGGGAGUUCUGCUCAGCUAUCUCAUCCACCACCUGGUAUUCCUAAUACGAGUAGCCAUUUCACAUCGCAGUCGAAUGGCUGGAGUAAUGGAGGCGGGAACGAAUGGCUUAAUACGUUAUCCUCUGGAAACAACAGUAACAGUGUGAUAUCGAACCAGCCAAGUCAUUACAACCAUUUGCAGCAUCAAGGAAGCGGUUAUCAAUCACAGCAGUGGCCUAAUUGGACUGGUUAUCACAACCCUUCAUCGAACACCUCUGAUAUCGCUAAUGCACUGGUAGUGGAUAACAGCCGAAGUUCGUCUCCUCGACGUGAUACUUUGAUGGAUACUCUACGAAGUCAUUUUCCACAUAUUUCUCCUGAAAACUUGAAAGAAUACACAAACGAAUACAUGAUGCGGAACAAUUUACCAAGUUUUAAGGCACUUCCUUUGCGCGAUUUGAUAAGCUAUGUUGCAGUAGCUUCAACGAAAACACAGAUGUGGAGUAAAAGCAACAGUAUACCCCCAAUGAUGCAUCAACCUCCUCCAAAUGUGUUACCAAAUUCAAUUAGCAUAAAUCUUUCUGCUCUUGAUCAUUAUCAAGCGCCUUCGGCGCGUAUUCAAACCCAACAGCCUAAUGUCCACCCGCAUAAUCUUAUGCAACAGCAAAUGCGUGAUACUAUGGAGAGCUAA